CCUAGGCUGUGCAUUUUCAUAUCGUUAGAAUCGUCUUCCAACAUGGCGGAGACACUGAAGCCACUCGAGACGCCAGCAUCGUUGGCAGACAUAAAGAAUGAGUUAACAUCUGUGCCCGACACGCUGCUUGCCGACACGGUGGAAGUCCAUUCCGAGUUGCCCUAUGCUCCUAAUGCUCGCUUCCAGCCAGAAAAAGUGAGACAAAUCAUCGAGAGAAUACUGAAAGAGAAGCUUGGACCAUUGCCAGCCUACGAUUUUGAGACGGCACCUGCUAUGGCGCGGGAAAUUGCAGACCACGUCAAGAAUGAGGUUCGAGAUUUGGGCUAUCAAAGAUACAGGAUCGUAGUGCAAUCAGUUGUUGGAGAAUCCAAGGACCAAGGCUUUCAAUUCGCAAGCAGGUGUCUGUGGGAUCCUAAAACUGAUGAUCAUUCUUUCGGAUCCUUUCUGAAUGGAAAAGUAUUCGGCGUAGUUGGGGUUUGGGCACUGUAUUUAACAUGAAGGAACAUCAGGCUCAAGGAAUAACUCUGGCUUUCUUUCUCAUCAAAUUCCUCAAACAUAAGCUCUGUAUAUUAUCUUCUGGAGUAAAGGUUGUAGCUUUGGCGACGAUUUCCCAUGCACCAUAUCCAAAUUGAGGAGAUAGAGAAAAUCUCGUGAUUUCUUUUGGAACAUAAUGUGAUGCAUUUCUAUACAAUUACUCUUACACCGAAUCUAGUGGAUGAGUAUCAGUGUAUAAAUUAUCAUUCACAUGGGGUUGAAUUUGAGUGAAGGAUUUUGUUCCUUGCGUGUUGCUCUCUCACUACACCUAGCUUCAAUGUAGGAAGCAAAUAGCAUGCCAAGUAAAAUCCUUCUUUAAAUGGAUAAUUCUAUAUUUUAUAUAAUGGACAUGAGACAAAGACUUUCUUAAAUGUUGUAAAGAUGGUUCCAAAUAACUCAAAAGUCAUAGGUUUAAACCCAAUUAAUGGUGUCAAUGUUUCUAAGAUUUUAUGCCAACAAAAAUUUCUAUACUGAAUCAUU